UUCAGGAAUGCUGAGCGAAGAGUCUGGUGGCGAGUCUUUAUUACUGAUCUGGGGCCUGUUCUUGCCCUCGCCGGACAGCUUGGAUUUCCCCCCCUCCCCCUUCCAGCCAGCAAUAACAGCAGCACCAGAAGCCUCUUCAGUCAAGCUUGGGGGAUUUUGCUGAGCCAAUUUAAAGGCUGGCGGUGCUAAACAAGGAGAUCCAACAGCAGGAGGAAAAUAUCUUCUUCUUUUUUUAAGGCAUAAAGGCUGUAAGGACUGAGUUGUGCUGUGUAACCCAAGCGAUAGCCCCGCAUCACCAAUGCCUCUGGUACGAUCGCUCUCCGUCACCUCUCUCAAUGGGCUUCCUCAGUGGGAAGACGAAGAUCUCCCAGUGGAAGAUUUAUUACUCUUCGAAGUGGCUUGGGAAGUGACUAAUAAAGUUGGUGGCAUCUACACCGUGAUCCAGACAAAAGCCAAAAUCACGUUGGACGAAUGGGGGGAAAACUACUUCCUCAUCGGUCCUUAUUUUGAGCACAACGUGAAGACCCAGGUGGAAGUUUGCGAGCCUCCCAACGGAGCCGUGAAAAAGGCAAUGGAAUCCAUGAGAACCAGCGGGUGCCAGGUGUAUUUUGGCAGGUGGCUGAUAGAAGGGAGUCCAUAUGUGCUGCUGUUCGAUAUAGGAUCAGCGGCUUGGAAUUUGGACAGGUGGAAAGGGGAGUUCUGGGACGCCAGCCAGAUUGGAAUUCCUUACCAUGACCGAGAAGCAAAUGAUGUGCUCAUCUUUGGGUCGCUAACUGCCUGGUUCUUCAAAGAGCUCUCCGAUCAAUUUGAAGACAAGCCUAACAUCAUUGCCCACUUCCAUGAAUGGCAAGCAGGGCCUGGGCUGAUCCUCUGUAGAUCCAGGAAGAUCCCAGUAGCAACCAUUUUCACAACUCAUGCAACCUUGCUGGGAAGGUACCUGUGUGCAGCGAGUAUAGAUUUCUACAACCACCUGGACCAGUUUGACAUAGAUAAAGAAGCCGGAGAGAGGCAGAUAUAUCACCGGUACUGUAUGGAACGGGCCUCAGUGCAUUGUGCCCAUGUCUUCACCACAGUCUCUCAGAUAACGGCCAUAGAAGCAGAGCACAUGCUCAAGAGAACAGCUGAUGUCGUCACUCCGAACGGGCUGAACAUUAAGAAAUUCUCCGCUAUGCAUGAAUUUCAGAAUCUGCAUGCCACCUGCAAAGCUAGGAUCCAAGAGUUUGUUCGAGGCCAUUUCUACGGACAUCUUGAUUUCAACCUUGAAAGGACUUUGUUUUUCUUCAUUGCUGGGAGAUACGAGUUUUCCAACAAAGGAGCCGACAUGUUUUUAGAGGCCUUAUCAAGAUUGAACUUCCUCUUGAGGGUGCACAGGAGCGAUGUCACAGUCGUGGUGUUCUUCAUAAUGCCAGCAAAUACCAACAAUUUCAAUGUGGAAACCCUGAAAGGCCAGGCAGUCCGGAAGCAGCUAUGGGACACUGCGCAUUUGCUGAAGGAAAAAUUUGGCAAAAAGCUCUAUGAUGCACUAUUAAGAGGAGAAAUCCCUGAUAUGAGCAAGAUCAUAGAUCGUGAUGACCUCACCAUCAUAAAACGGGCCAUCUAUUCAACCCAGAGACAGGGACUUCCGCCAGUGACAACCCACAACAUGAUCGAUGAUUCCACCGACCCGAUCCUCAGCACCAUUAGACGCAUUGGCCUUUUCAACAACCGGACAGAUCGAGUAAAGGUGAUCUUGCACCCUGAAUUCCUUUCUUCAACGAGUCCCUUAUUGCCAAUGGACUACGAAGAGUUUGUCAGAGGUUGCCAUCUUGGGGUAUUCCCAUCAUACUAUGAACCCUGGGGUUACACUCCCGCUGAGUGCACUGUCAUGGGGAUUCCAAGCGUGACCACAAAUCUCUCCGGAUUUGGCUGUUUCAUGCAGGAGCAUGUGGCCGACCCAGCUGCCUAUGGUAUUUACAUUGUGGACAGGAGAUUCCGCUCCCCAGAUGAGUCCUGUAACCAGCUGACGCAGUUCCUGUAUGGAUUCUGCCAGCAGUCACGUCGGCAAAGGAUCAUCCAGAGAAAUCGAACGGAGAGGCUCUCAGACUUACUGGACUGGCGAUAUCUAGGCAGGUUUUAUAUGCAUGCUAGGCACUUGGCCCUUAGUCGGGCAUUUCCUGAAAAAUUCAAGCUGGAACCCAAUGCUCCACCAAAGACUGAAGGAUUCCGGUACCCGCGCCCGCCAUCGGUGCCCCCCUCGCCCUCCGUCUCUCAGCACAACAGCCCCCACCAAAGUGACGAAGAGCUCGACGAGGAGGAUGAAAGAUACGAUGAGGACGAAGAGGCUGAGAGGGACAGGCAGAACAUAAAGGCCCCUUUCUCCCUCGGCGCUGUGCCGGAUGGGAAAAAGAAGCAGCACGGAGAAUAUAGGAACUGAUGCAGCGCCCCCUUGCUUGUGGCAAACGGUUGCUGCCAAUGCUGCUUGUACACACGUUACCUUAAAGUUGGGUACAACCUGAUCGAAGUGUGGAUGAAUCCAGUGGGAGCUAGAUGUCUGAAAUACCUCGAAUCCCCUGCCCUCUUUCCUCCAUUAUAAAUAGUUCUGAUGGUG